CAAUUUAUUCGACAAUUUACAUACGCUCUCCGCAUACUUUACACUUUCAUUUACCAACGUCGGAAUUAUACCCAUUUGUCAUUUUUGUUUAUCAUUGUUAAUAUAUUUACAAAUGGGGACGACAACAAAGUUUCGAAUAAAUACCUUUAAGGUUAUGCGAAAUACCCAUCAGACAAAAACAUCAUUUGUCAACUUGUCUAAUUAUUUCCAAAAGUUUUAAACAAUGGCAACUGAUCAUUUGAAAUAUAGUCAUACCUUUAAAAAUGAACUUCAUUUUACAGCCAAUUAGCAACCCGUAUUUUCUAAUAAGCGAACGAACGUUUUCGGCAACCGACCAGGGAGACAGCAUUGGAAAUAGGCACAAUUACGACUAUAUUAUCAGAAACCACGUUUAAAGGACAAAACCAAAACAUCCUACCACUGCCACCACCAAUUUAUAACUUCCACUUUCGCAUAACGGUUUGAAGAAAAAAAAAAACACGGUUGGUACAUUAAUAAGUAAACGUCAACCGUGUCACGCCGCUAAAUUUCCAUGGAAACGAUCGUCAAUUGUUUAACAAUGAUCGUAAUGGUAGCAGUGUUUUCAAGUCGCGUUGGCGAUCAUCCUCGUCGCAAUGAAAGAGCUCGCACCAUAUAUACGCUGUGAGUAACAGUCGUGGGGAAAGCACGCCAUUAUCUUUUUACUUUAGCGUUCAAGGCUGCCGUUUCGUCUUGUUCGAACAACGCAUAAAAACGCACACCACUGGUAUCGAUCUGUUACCGGGAUGAAAUACUAGACAAAGGAACCCGCGCACUGGUGCCUCUGGCACUCCGCGAAAACCCAAAACAUUACAAAACCGCUUCGUUAUAAACAACCUACCCCAACCUCCGGUUGUCGACUGUGAAACUUUGUCGAGCCGCUCCCAAACCAGGCAAACGGCGCACGGUUCGGUCCCGAUCGCUUGUUUUCGGGAGCGUUCGUUGACGUUUGGGUGCGCAGUUUGAGUCGACUGCCGAUUGUGGAAGACGGAAAGUCUUGUUUCAUUCAUCUAUAGAUAAAAUUUGCUGCUAGAAAAUAUCCUCAGCGGACGCGUGAAACGUUGUUAAUGUUUGUUCAAACUGUAAUGUAGUUCGACUUGCCGGAUUCGUGAUAUUGCAGAAGAGUAGUGAACGUGGACAGGGUAAGGAAUUCGUUAGUUAAAGUCGAUGGCCGUGUCUGGUAGUACACCGUGUGGUUGGCGUCCGCCGUAAUGGCGUGUGGCGGGCACUCGCAAUCGAUCUACGAAGAAUAAUAUUUUAAACCAGAUCGAGGAAGUGUGGUAAAUCUCGGACAAUCGAAAUUUCGGUUUUCGUGAUUAUUUUAACUGACGUCAACCCUCGCUUAUAAGAAACAAAAAUGGCGGAGCAGGAGGAGUACGUCAAUAAAUUGGCGUCACUUCAGCAGUACACACCCUUCUUGGAGAACAUGAUGACGGAACUGAAGGCAAAGGGCAACCGGGAAGCGCAGCUGACCAAAAUCAAAUCGCUCCACGAAAUGAUCACGGACAAACGGAAAAAAUUGAAAUUGGAAACGCUGAAGAGGUGCGAAGAGGUGCUCACAAAUAUUUACAUAAAAGUGAACCCACAAUUGAGGACGAAACCUAUAACGCCGGUCGAUAGAGUCGAGAGUCCCAAAAUGACGCCGGCGAGUCCUAGUCCACCCAGAGAUAUAAUCCUCACCAAGCCGGUAACGAUACCGACGGAGAAGGUGACUGCGUGUUCGUCGCGUGGCAGCCAUUACCCCAAGAUCGACGUGUAUGGUAGCGCUUUGAUCGGUGACUUGGGUAUCAAAAAAGCGAUCCCGCCGAUAGUGAAAACGCCCGACAUGAGCAAACCCCCGAUCAGUCUCGAGGACCUCAAAACCCUCGAGGAUGACGUAAACAAUAAAAUUACCGCCGCCCAGUUUUCGAACGCGACGGUCGACGAUCUGCAAAAGUACCGCCAGCACUUGGAACUGCAAAUACAGGUGGACCGGGUCAGUACGGCGAUGGAGCCGUCGAAAGUGGAAGCGGAACCAAAGGAGAGUCGCGAUCCUGACAAGGCGAAACGAAGAGACUCGGUCGAGAAAAAGCCGAAACGCGACAAAGACAAACCGAAGAAGGUGGUCAGCACGGUCGACAGCACGUUCGGUAGUUUGCUUUCGAGCUUGGACGAGAAGCUCAAGGAGGAGCGGAAACGGAAAGAGAAGAGGUCGUCGUCGUCGACGACCAAAGACGACGCCAAGGCCGGCGAGAAGGAGAACAAGAAAAAGGAGGCGAGCAGAAAGAGUCCGAAAGAGAAGAUCAAAAGGGAUGACCCGAAGGAAGAUGCUAAAGGCGAAAGCGGGAUUUCGGAUAAGAUGGAAAGUGCGGACGAGAAGAAGGUUGUAGGUAGGGAAGUGGAGGUGCCAUCCACUACAGCGGUCGAAACUCUGGGGACUGAGAGCUCCAAGACCGAUGAUAAUUUGUCGGAAACGAAAAGGAGUAAAGAGGAGACUCCGAAACCCAAUCCCGUAUAUAAACGCCUCGCGGACAAGUACAACCCGAAACCAAAAAAGCACUCGGAACCGGAGGACGAUGUCGACAAGGUGGUCAAAGCGAGCAUAGAGCAAAACAUGAAACUGUCGCCCGUUAAAAUGUCCCUGCCGGAGCCGAAACCGCCUCCACCACCGCCCGCGAGCCUCGUGCGGCUCACGAUGGACAGGGAGCCGAAACCGGCCCAAUUGCCCGACAUCUUGCAGAAAAUCUUCCAAAGCAAGCCGUUGGCGGAUCCGAGGAGGCAGCCGGCGCCUAGUCCGCUGUCUCCGCCGCCCAUAAUAUCGCCGCCUCCCAGGCUCGCGACGCGGUUCCAACCGCACCCGAUGGCGGUUCCGAAAUUGGACUUCGAACCACCCGUGCAGGAGUGUGGCGGACCGCCUCCGUCUCCGCGGAUCGACUUCGACCCGCCAAAUCCCGCAUUGCAGUUCAAUCGGCCUCACAAUUUCAAUGCGACAUUCAGCCCGCGCUUCCCCGCGUGCCAGUUGGCGGAACCUGUCAGACCCGCGCUCAAUUUUAUCGCUCCCAAUCGGUUCCACGAACCUCAAGCUUACCCCAGCUUUGUACCGGCCCAGCCCCAGAUGGAGUACUUCGGCGCUCCGAGUUUGGGAAUUCAGCCGAACUUCAGCAAUCAGAUGGGACCGCCGAUGCUGAAGCCAGAAAUUCCGCAUUACGUGCAGGAGGCCAAGCUAAAAUACUUCCACGACAACAGGCAAUGGAACGAAGGGUCGCACGGCUGGGACAGGGACAGGAGAUCGCGCGACCCGCGAAGCUACAGGGAGUAUCGGGAAAUGAAGGAACGCGAGGCCAGGGAAACGACGACGACGAUGAGGGACGCGGGUGGAGACAGGGCGUCCGCCAAUAGAGACCCGAGGCUUAAUAGGACGGAACCCGCCGAUGGAGCGAGACCCAAAGAAGCGGAUUCGAGGUACGCAGCUAGAAGCGCCGCGCCGCUGUCCAAGUCUCGGUACGACAGCAAAUUCGAUCGGAUGUACGCGAGGACCGCCGCCGGCAAGGAUCAGCCACGGGCCACGUCCACUCCGCAAGAGGGGGACGCGUUCACGUCCCCGCUGGACAGACUCUACGCGAGGGACAGCAACAAGACCGGCAAAGGAUACGGCGUGCAAAACUUUCGCAUACCGAAAAAAGUCAGGAAAGACGAGGAGCAGAAGUCAAAGAAAGACGAAAGGACCGAGGAUCGUCGCGAGGAGACUGACGAUGGUGCGAAAGAUGAAGCGCCGAAAGAAAAGACGAGCACCGUCGAAAAGCAGACGGAGAAGGCGGAAGUCGUGGAAGCAGCGAGUUCGGUCGACGAUUUUAUCAGCGAAUACGAUCGGGAAUAUCAAGCGGAAAGAAGAAAACUAACUAUUUUGGACGAAAGUAAACCCGCAGAGGUGGCCGAAGAACCGCCUCCAGAGGUUAAGGAGAAAACGGCGACGAACGCGGUGGACGAAUGCGAAGAAAAACCACUGCUUCCGGCGGCGGAGACCGACCCCGACCGGAAGUAUUCUGAGCCCACCGAGCAGAAUAUCCUGGCCCACUUUUUCGAGAAUCUGCUGAAGAGCAAAAACAAGAACGACAAGAAGACCGCGCUCUUUUCGCUGAUCGAGACUUUCUCGGACAGUUUCACCGACAAAGAAUUGAAAAAGAUAACGAAAAUCAUCAAAACCAACGACGACGACAGAUCCGACGAGUCGGAAGGCGAAGACGCGAAGAAGAAGGCGAUCGCCGAGGCGGAAAUAUCUAAAAUCGAAGAGCCGCAGCCGGAAGACGAGGUUCCGGUGGUCGGGUCCACUACCGAAGAAUUUCCCGGAAUGAAUACGAGCGACGAGCGGAGAAUGUCCUCCACCACCGAGGAAGGAAACGUGGAAGAGUGCAGACCUGUCGAUGAAGAGCCAGAAAUUUCGAAAUCCUCACAAGACGACAGUCAAGAAGUGGACGAGCAGCCCCCGUCGGUCACGAUGUCAGUCGGGGAGAGGACCAAGAGCCGAAAACGAAUGGUGCCUGUUAAAUCGAAGAAGAAGAUGCGAACGGAACUCGAUUGGCUGCAUGAGGACAUCCAAGACAUGUUUAUACGCGACGGAGUGUUGACCGCCACCGGCAAACGGAUGUGCAGAAUGCUUAAAGACGACCCCAACGCGCUCAAUAAGAGUUCUGAACGUUCUGAAGUGAACGCGGAGAAUGCGGAAACGCCGAAGAAGCAGCGCAAGAAAUCCGGACCGAAACCGAAACCGAAAAUCAACGCGGAAGACAUAAAGUCGAUGAAGAGCGUACGUGUGCUGUUGGCGAAGAUGCCGGAGCCCCUCGUCGCUAAGCCCGACGACAGUCCCAAGAGGAUGUUGAGGAGUGGAGCGAAUAGAAAGUCGACAGUGGCCGAAACCGACGACGAGGCGACAAACAAGGCGACGAACGAGUCGUUCCAGUCGGUCGAGAACGGGUCCGAGUUGGAAUCGGGGGGUACCGACGACGAGGAGAACGGAUCGCAGGCAAGCGACACGAGCCUGAAGACCAGAGCGGUAAGGAGGCGGUGGGGCAAGCGUUGGGCCUCCGGCAUAGUCGAUAAGAAGAAAAGGAAAAUGGCCAAGUCGAAGGAAAACAGCCCGGAACGGACUGUGUCGCCGGACGAUGGCGAUAAUAGCACCUCAUUGGAGGCCGAUUUGGACAAGUUGUUCGUCGAGCCCGAUAAAUCAUACUACAUCGAUAAGCAGGCGAAAAUCAAGUGCAAACUGUGCGACUACACCGGCCUGUUCCUCACGUCGCAUUACCUCAAGGAACAUCCCCACUCCGAAGUGCUGUGCUCGAGGUUCUCGCCCGAAGUCGCCACGGAAGCGAACAAGGACUACGCUGAGAAUGGCAAGUGGUACGAGUCGAUCGUGAACGCGAAAAUCGCUGCCAAAUACAAGUACAGCUGCAGGAUGUGCGGCUUCUCUAGCUCCACGUUACCGCUCUUUUUCUACGAGCACGUGAGCACCCACACGGGCGAGUACAGGCACCAGUGCGGCAUCUGCUUCGAUUUCUGCGGGGCUAACGCCAAGGCGCUGAACAAUCACUUCCUAAAUAUUCAUCCGGACGACGAAAAGAAAGCAAUAAGGACCAGCUACAACUCGGUCAUCAUCUUCGGUUACCUCUGCGGCGAGUGCAACUAUGUCCAGCUAUUGAGGAAGAACGUCGAGGAACACAUAAACAUCUACCAUUUGGGCGAGAAGCCGGAAAUCAUCAAGGUGAACAUGUCCGCGGUCGUCGACCCGACCCUGGAGAGGUCCAGGGAACUGGCGGACGUGGAGGAAACGCCACCCGAAGUGGAGGAGCCCAUCACGCAGAAAAUGGUCGCCAAAAUUCAACCUGUCAAGGCGAAGGCGCCCGCGGAGCAAUCGGAAGAGGUCCAGCCCGCUCCCGCCAGAAGGAAGCCCGGGCCUAAAUCUAAAACCAAAACGGACGUUCCUGCGAUAGAACCGGAACCCACUGCGCAAGAGACACCGGAGAAGACGCCGACUUCCGUGAGGAAGAAACCCGGGCCAAAAUCGAGGAGGCGCUCGAGGUUCGCUCUCGCGAAGGCGAGGAAGUCUAUCGCGAAUCCUGUAGAUACCAGCAGCGUGUCGGAAACGGAAGUUUCCCAUUCAGAGGACAACGUCACGUCCGAUUCCUCGACCGUGACCAAAGCAACGAAAGCGCCCAGAGUGUGGAAGAAGAGGACAUCUUUGGACAAACUCAUAUGCCAAGAGAAUGGAGAGGACCUGGAUUCGAUCAUAGCUCUGUCGAGCAGGGGGCGGGCGGCCAAGGAAAAAGCUACCGUCAAGCUGAAAUCGAUGAUGGAAGCGACCGAGGUGUCUAUGAAAAACAAAUCGGACGACGUCGAAGCUAAAAUUUCCGAUCUGCCACCCACGCAGAUAGAAGAAACGACGAAGGUCGUGUCGGAAAACGUGUUUACCUGCCCGACGGAUAUACUGCAGGAGGAGUCAAAGAAGAUCGAGGAGGAACGUCUGAGGACGAUGGACGAACUGAACAAGACCAUCGGUUCGAGAACCUCUAAAUUGGAUUUCGUCGACAAACUGUGCACCAGAUUAAACAACGAGCAGGCCGAUGAAGAAGCUCCCCGGAUUACGGUCAAGGAGGAGCCGAAAGAGGAGUCGACCGAAGCUCCGAUGCCGGUGUUGGAAAAACAACCGCCUGUUCCGAACGCCUCCCUUAGGGAUCUAAGACCGCUCCAUAACAAACGAGCGUCCACGACCCCCGCGGACGCCGCGGCCUCGAAGAAACCCACGCUGGAGGAGGACGUGACCCCGACGCCGCCCUGCACCAUCAGCUUCAGGCAAAACAAGACCCCUUCGCUUUUUUCCAAUACCAUUAAGAAGCUCCAAGGGAAGAUCAACGAGGCCAGCCAAGGCAGCGACGAGGCGACGAGUAAUUCGGACGCGGUCCCGGAUGCGAACGCCGAAGAUGAGCAGAGCGUUACCGUCGGCGGCCUGGUGAAAGUAACCAAGACGAAGGACUCGCUUAUAUUCUCGUGCCACGCGGAGAAUUGCUACGUGUCGACCAAAGACAGGAUGGUGUUCCAGUUGCAUUGCAAGUUCGGACACAAGAACUGGAACGAGGACGCGAGGCUGUGCGAAAAGUGCGGCAUCUACGUGACGACCACGCCCGAUACCAAUCUGAUGGAGAACCUGUACGACCACUUGGUUUUCGCCCACGCGAGUUUCGACGCAGGCGACACCAAGCCGUCGAACACGAUCCUACGGAUGAGGAAACUGAGCGGCGACAAGUUGUCGGUCAAGAGGGAACCGGAACGCAACGGCGACGGCGACGACGACGAGUCAGAAAACGUGGAAGCGCAGCCGCCGGCGCCGGAAGUGACCGCCUCCGAAGCGACCCUCGAGUUUUCCGAAGAGAACCCAUUCUCGUUUAAAAUAGCUGAGGUUAUGUCCCUCGCGGAGGCGCCUAAACAGGUGCCUGUGGCGCCGCCCCCCCUUACACCUAUCUCUAGUCCGAAAACGCAAUCGGCGACGGCAGGCGCCAACCACGUGGUGGUGAAGGAGGCGCGUUUGACGCAGGCGGAACUCGCGAGGCCGCGGAAAGCGCCCAAAGCAAUGACGAAGUUCGUCGAGACGCCCGCGGAGUUGUACAAGUGUCCCCACUACUACUGCAUGUUCACCACCAACUUCAGGGCAUUCUUGGAACGGCACCUGAAAGCGCACAAAACCGACACGGAGGUGAUGAUACCGUGCGUGUACUGCGACAUGAAGACGCCGUGGGAACACGUGCCGAUGCACAUCGACAUAAGACACGCGCACUGCAGGUACGCGUGCUGCUAUUGCCUCUACCGCUCGUGGUUGAAGGAGUACGUGUGUCUCCAUCAGGAUCACGCGCACACCGGCCAGGAGUACUCGGUUAUUCAGUUGCCCGUGCACAAGUCCGCGAAGAAGUUCGCUGUGGCCGAUUCCAAAAUGGACUUGAAGACUUUGUGCGAGGCUUUUAAGUGUCUGUGCAAGAACAGGGAAGGUCAACCGGAACUGAAGCAAUACCUUUUCGGCGACGAGUUCGAGAAACACCUGCUGACGUUCCACCGGAACAGUUUCAUUCCGUGUAGCUACAAAGGCUGCACUCACAGGGUCCAGGGUUCUCUGAUGAUGAACCAUUGGGCGCUAUUUCACGGCGUGUGCACCUAUCAGUGCGCCUACUGCAAGAUGAACUCUCGCGAAGUCAUCAAAAUGUUUCAGCAUUUCGCGCAGUUCCACCAGUGGAUGCAGCCUGAUAUUCUCGUCAGGAAGUUGGAGACUCUGUCCGAGGGCGACGAGCUGGGUUACACGGACGCAGCCUUCGAGGUCUUGCCGAGAAUCACCACGUUACCGCCCAACGUGCUGUGCAUCGGCAAGCCGAAGGGUAUGAAGGCGAUCAAAAUGAUCCACUUGACAACAACGGCCAACGGUCCAAAUUCGUCCGUUUUCGAUUCGGACUCGACCGUCGUCAAAAGUCCCCCGUCCAAUACGUUGACCCUCAAGCAGGUCGAUUCCGGUUGCCUGCUGAGCAACAACAUCAAAAUUUUGGUCGCGACAUCGGGUAGCAGUCCAGCCGGUAACAUCCUCCUCGUGCCCGCCGAAGGGGGCAACAACGCGACCAACGCCCCCACGUCCCCUUCUUCGACGGGUAACGUGUUUUUGACGUCGUCCCGGGCUGGUAGCACGAAGAUGGUGACAGCCAAAGAGCUGGCGCCCAGCGUCAGGUUCCGUAUCGUGCAGAAGGGCGCGGACCUGCGAAAUCCGGGCUCCAAAAUCGAUUUGUUGCCGCUGAAGACUUCCCCGAAGGAACCUGCCGCGGUUCCUGUGGAACAUGUCGACAUAGCCGUCGCGGAAAACGAGCGGCCGCCGGCGGAACCGCCUUCAUCCGCAGUCGACGACGACGACUUCCUCGACGAUCCUCUAUUCGAAGGUAUAAAUGUGGGGCCGGACUCGCCACCCGAGGAUCCCCUGUCGAUAACUCCCACCCUCAACACGGCGGCGAGCCCCGUGGAGGAUCCGUUGCUGGUCGAUGGGCCGCAGGUCAAGGAGACUCCCGAUCUCCUCCAGAAGAAGGUGUCCCGUUCGAACUCUACGUUGUCGAAUUCGGACGAGGAGUGGGGCACGGUCGACAAGGCGAAGAAGACGGGUCUGGCGGCGCACCAACUGUUUAGAUGCGCGGAAUGUUACUUGGGGUUCGCGACCGCGGACGACCUCAGGAACCACUUGGUCUUAGUGCCCGGAUGCAAGAAGGGUCUGUGGUACAAGUGCGCGCAUUGCGACAAACCGAUGGGCACGGUGAAGAAGCUGAUGCACCACAUCCGGUGCCACGGCGAGUUAAGGUUUACGUGUUCGCUGUGUUGCCGCAAGUUUCCGCUGUUGCCGUUCAUCAAGAGUCACAUGAAACUGGGCCACAAUAUCUCGCAAACGACGCUAGUACCUUUGGUGCCAACCAUGACCAACGCGGAGCGGGAUUACUUCGUCGUGCGACCGGUGUCGGCGGUGACGUCGGGGGCAGGCAAGGAGUCCGCCGCGGAGGCGGCCAAACCGUCCGGCGAUGGGUUAACGUUCACACCCGACCGGAUCAAGGACAUCCCGAUUAGGCAGAUUUUCCCGCAGAACGUCAAAUGUGGCCUGUGCAAUUACCAGACCAAAGUCAGGGUGAAUAUCGUGCGUCACCUUCAGAUGCACGAAAACGACAACUCGGUCCCCGACACCGCACCGGUCAAUCCAGUGCCGUGCCUCGAGAAAAACGAGAAAAUGUUCGACAAAAUGAUCAACCUAGCUGCUAGCUCGAUCACCGAAAGAAUGGGCGGCGCCAAACACGAUAAAGAAAAUGAAAAUAUCCCCGAAUUCGUGCCAACCCAUUGCCGUUUCGUGUGUUGCGCCCAAGGCUGCAGCUACCUCUGCCCGGAGGAGGCAAACCUCCGACACCACUUGCUCGCCCUCCACAGCUACGAGACCGACUUCACUUGCGCUCACUGCAAGCGUCAAAUCACGCCCCCGGAUGCGGACGGUAUCAUCAAACACUUCAAAUUGCACGGUCUGUCCCUCUACAAGUGCAAAUAUUGCGGUUUUGCGCACAACCUCAAGCACAAGGUGGAGAAACACGCGACGGACGCGCAUCCCGACCAACCAGUUGGUUACGUCACCGUGAGGGCGAUGGACUCGGAACCGAACCACUACGGGGCGGAGCACGGCUCCCAGAUGACAGCGACGACGACGAAACAGUCGAAGCCGUGGAGGUGCUGCAUGUGCAAGUACAGAUGCGCGACCGAGGAAGACGUGCGCAGCCACAUCGUCAACAAACACGACGUGGAUGCUCAGUUCAAGUGCACCCUGUGCCCGUACAAGAGCAACGAAAAGGCCAGCUUCGCCACCCACUUCAAGGCCGACCACCCCAACCACGACAUAGACUUUAUAUUCGUAUACAGGAAGAUGGAGGAGGAGACGCAGAAAGAGGAGGCGCAGGCGCCGUUCGAUACCACGCCGCUUUGGCAACGCGAUCGGCCCCGAGUGAGACACAUUCGGGGCAUACUCUUCGACGAAGCAACGCCGCAGCCUGUCAAGUCGCCAAAGAAGACGCCGAAGAGCUCCCCCGCAGCCACCUCAGCCGCCAUCGUCGCGACGCCUUCCACGUCGUCGAAGAACAUCUUUAACGUUAUUGACGCCGUCGCCAGAGGCGAAACCGUAGAGGAGGCGAUGCCCAUUCUGACUCCCGCCGACGAGGAGGAGGUGAAGGAAGUGAAGCCGACUGCUGCGAAAGAGAUGAAUACAGGCGUCAUCGUCAUAGAAGACGAGGAGGAGGAGGAGGACGUGGUGCUCGUGGCGGAAGCGCCGAAACCAGCGGCGACCGACCUGCUACGGGAGGCGGUAAAGAUGGCGAAGCUCGAUGAGGUGUUGGACGGCGAGAUCGACGAGCACGGCGUGCCGAUCGCGGAAUACGACGAGCAGCAUCUGAAAACGUUGUUCGGCGACGUUGGCCUGCCGAACAACAAGCAGUGGAAGUGCCCCAAGUGUCGUCAGUUCAAGUCGAAACGCGUUACCGAUUUCAUCUUUCACCUCUACAAGGACUACAACGUGUUUCGGUAUCGGUGCAGGGCGUGCCAAGACGAGAGCAUCACCUAUAAGUACAUGCUGCAACACAUCAAGAUCCACUGGAACAACAGCGUCGAUAUAAUCGAGACGAUACCGCCGAACCUCAAGCUCGAAACGUGGAUCCAGAUGGUGAUCAGGGAGCAGAGCCUCAUGAUGCUCGAGAAUUACCAAGCCAGCAAUCACGCGGAGAUCGGCAAGAUGAACGUUAGCUGUAUCUUUUGCAAGCACAGGUUUCCGAGUUUCGCGUCGCUGAGCCGCCACACGCUCAACCAUUGGAUCGAUAAGCCGUACGCGUGCUGCCACUGCUCGGCCACGUUCUACGCGCAGGCUCUACUGCGCAUCCAUCAAAGGACCGAGCAUCCCGGCCUCAAACUGUCGCUCGAUCCGGUCAGCUUGACGGUCGGCCGCACGACCAACAUGUGCGACGAGAAUUUCAAGAAAAGCUUGGCUGCCUCGAAGGGCGGCGAGACCGGCAGCGGCCCGUCCGCCCCCAAGCGGCCUCGAGUAGAUGCCGAAGCACAGUCCUCUGGUUAUACGCGAGACGCGGCCGUCAUCAAAAUCGACUCGGAUGACGAGUCGAAGUCGGACGCGCCGAGCGACGACGUGGUGUACGUGUGCGGCGUGUGCGGCCACUUCGACAACUCCGAAUCGGACAUGGUCGCGCAUACAACGCAGGCGCAUUCCGCGUCGAUGCGCGCUUACCGCGCGUUGAGCAGGAGCGACGAGGCUCAGCCGUCGCUCGCGUGCAACUUGUGCCACGAGGUCAUGCCGGAGCUGAAGCUCCGCAUCCACUUUAGCGAAUCCCACGCGGAUAACGCCCUCUACAAUCCGUACGGGAAUUUCCGUUGCGCGUCGUGUCCAUGCCAGUUCCAGCAGCUGAUGUCAGUCAAGACGCACUGGUCGAACGCGCAUCGCGGCCAACAGCUCGCCUAUCACACCGCAUCGAUGGACAGCGUCGGUGGGCGGAGCGAAAGCAGCGGCGGCGGCGGUGGCGGGACGGAGCGCAAGUUGAAAAUGUAUCGGUGUCCGUUGUGUCCGUACACGUACCGCGGCGCUCACACUAGUACCGUGCGUUGCCAUUUGGGCAUUCACGUGAAAAAGUUCCUGUGCAAGUUGUGCGACGACAGGUUCAAGAGCGUCGGAGACGCUUACGCGCAUCACAACAAGGCUCACCCUGAGAGGGAGCAAGAGGUGAUCGAGUUGCCGGAGGAGACGCGCAGAUUCCAGAAUCUGAUGCGCAGCGUGUUGAGGAAAGCGGUGGUGUUAGACAGGAGACAGGGCGUGGCGAAGAAGUCGACGUCGUCGGCGGCGGCGGCGAGGCGGGUGUCAGCCGUCGCGACGAUCGAUGGCGUCCAGAUGAUCAUGCCGCUUGACGAACUGUCGGGUUACAUGAACUUGGACACGUACGUGGACCUGUCGGGGUCGAGGGUGGUGGACGCGACUAUAUACGCGUUAGAUUAGGCUCAGUCUGUGAUUUUUAGGUGGUAUCGUUGAGUUGGGAGGUCCCGUCGUCCGUAUUUAGGAUUUUUUUUUCUACCCGAACUGUUGA